CAGACGGUCCAUCAUAAUCUCGAGGCCGAUUGACUGCCACACCCUCGGCGCGGCGGUGCUUUCUCCUCAUUAGGUCAGACGCCAAAGUGGGGGCGGUGAAGCAGUAUCCCGGCGGCGACCUCACUUUCUGCAGAGAUGGCGACCUCGAGUUCGUUCGUGCAGGAGGAGGCGAAGGAGGAUGCAAAGGAGGAGUCCAAGACGAUCAACAAGGCCAAGAAGAAGGUGGUGCGCAGGAUGCCGCAGCAAGAGGUGGACUUCGUCUUGUCCUACGACGUGGGCUCCGACGACAUUCCGGACAUGUGCCCCCUUGGGGAAAAGUAUCCCUACUUGGUCGCGUGGGCUAGGGCCUUGGACAUCGAGAUGGCCGAAAUCAGUGAGAAGCAGGACAGAGAGAUGCUCCAGAUGCAGAAGGACUAUAAGCAGCAGCUUCGGGCCAAAGGCUAUGUCACUUACAUGGCCGAGGUCGACGUGGCCACUGACGAUGAUGAUGAGGAAGAAGAAGCCGCGGCGGCGGUUGCCCCUCGAGGACGGAGGAGGUUCCGCCGGGGUGUCUUGAAGCGGGGUAUGCGGAUCAAGAAGCUGAAUUAAAACUCUAUCACGUACGAGUCUUGGAUUAUUUUCACACACAAAAAAACCGUUUCUUUUCUUUGUUUUAGUUAUAAUCUCUCGGUCUCUCCAUGUUUUAAUACAAAUAAUUAAGGUCUAAUGGAAUAUGGUCUUGUGGUUGUGGAGGUACUUUCGAAGAAAAUCUACAGUUUUUCUUUAAAGAUACAGCAUUCAUGUUUUUGGAAGUUUUAUUAAGCAUUUGUCCAAGACAAUACUCAGCUGUCUGUCCUCAUGAUGUAGUGUUUCAUGACAGUUUGUAAGUUGCUGGUUUUUAAUUA